GAAAGGAGAACGCUGAAGGCUGAAGCGAGCGUUUCCGCUGCAUCUCUCUCUCACGUCUUCUUCCUCGUCCUGCUCCUCCCUCCUUCUCCUUCUGCUGCUGCUGCUGCUUGUGCACUACCGAGUGCGCGCGACGGGCUCGACACGAGCGUGUAGCCGAGGGGAGGGACAUCGUAAAUGUGAUCUUGUCGCGCCUUCUUGUCCCACUCUGCAAUUCGAGAGCAGCGGUAGGGAAUUAGUGUCUGAUCCGGUCGCCUCUAGGUUCGGUCCGGGUGUUCAUCGGUCCCAGAGGAGGUCUUUGAUCGCUGCUGGGGUGUCUCGCAAGGCGGUCGGAAAUCUGGGGUUGGUCGUGGAGAGAUCUGUCGAUCUGUUCGUCUAUCAGGCGAGGGAGGCGCAGCGGCAGCGGUCCGAGACUGGAUCUGUUGUUUUUCGGGCUCACACUCUCGGGUUGGAAGCGCGGAUUUCAUUUUUCGAUGUGUGAGAUUCGUGUUUGAGAAUGUUGAGAUUGGCAGCAUUUCGACCGAGUCAUGAGAAGAUUGUCCGGUUGCAGCUGCACCCUACCUAUCCGUGGCUUGUCACAGCAGAUGAAUCCGGGAAUGUCGUGGUUUGGGAUUGGGAGCAUCGGCAGGUAAUCUACGAGGUCAAUGCGAUUGGAGUAGAUGAGAGACGCCUAGCUGGCGCACAACUCCAAGGAGAGCCUGAGCCAAAAAUCUCCAAGCUUUCGCAGGCGAUUAAAGACAUCAAAGGAGGAAGUGUAAAGCAUGUCAAGUUUUAUGAUGACGAUGUGCGUUACUGGCAAGGAUGGGUUGCACGCGCUGCCAUCAGUCAAUCUGUCACACAGGAGGGCACUCCCCCCGGAGGAUUUCAGCCUCUUGGUCCAGGACUUUCAUCAAUCCGAGGAAGACAUUUUCUGGUCAUUUGUUGUGACAACAAGGCUAUAUUUCUUGACAUGGUCAGCAUGCGAGCCAAAGAUGUGCCCAAGCUAGUAUUUGAUAAUAAAUCGCCACUCUGUGUCGAAUUUCUUCCGCGAAGUGGAAUGAGUGAUGGCCCUUUAGCCGCAUUCGGUGGCCCGGAUGGCGUUAUCAGAGUCCUCUCUAUCAGUAAUUGGCUGGUGGUGCAGCGAUAUGGUCCCGCACACAAAGGGCCAGUUGCGUGCUUGAAGACUUUCUUGGCCGUUAAUGGAGAGACUAUACUGGUCUCAGGUGGUAAUGAUGGGCUCCUUAACUUCUGGAAUGCGGACAUUGGUCGAGAAGCUACCCCGAAAGUGACCGUCAAGGGGCAUGAUGGCGGUGUCACCGGCAUCGAACUAAUGAGACCUAAAGAAGGACCUCCACAGCUCGUAACUAUUGGUGCAGACAAAACGCUCGCCAUUUGGGAAACCGUCAGUUUCAAGGAGUUGAGGCGGAUGAAACCGGUUCCAAAGAUUCCGUGCAGUAGCGUUGCUACUUGGGCACAUCCCCGAGUACCCAGUCUUAAUGUGCUGACGUGUGUGAAGGAUGCUCAUAUUUGGGCAACAGAGUCGCAUUAUGGUGGUACAACACGACCCCUUAUUGACCUCACUUUCAUGGUUCCUCCCGCUCAGCUUCCAGCUGGGAAGAAGCUCAAGGCGUACUGUUUGGCUGUACAUCCUCUGCAACCGCACCUUGUGGCAACAGGGACAAAUCUGGGAGUCAUUCUGUGCGAGUUUGAUGCCAAAGCUGUACCGGCUGUCGUCCCUCUCCCUAGCCUUCCCGGGAGUAAAGAACACCGUGUCGUGUGUAAAAUCGAGCGGGAGCUGAGACUGUUGACGUUUCAGCUUUCCUCUCACAUCAACCCCACUGUCAUAAAUGCCGGAGACAUGGGAGCGAGGUUUCGAGCUGAGUCUCCUACAGAAGCACCGCAGUUGAUCGUGAAGCAAACAAGAACUCGCGUUGGACCCGUGUCAAAUGACUCAGCAGCCUCGCUUAAUAUAAGCCACUCUGGAAAAUAUGUGUCAGUGGUGUGGUCUGACUCACCGAUGUACGAAAUUUAUCGAGCUAGUGAUUGGACGCUCCUGGAUCAAGGGGUCGCCAAGCACUUUGCUUGGGAUUCAUGCAAGGAUCGAUAUGCUCUCUUGCAAACUGUCAUGGCGCCUAAACCGCCUCCUGUUUCAAAGCACAGCUCUUCUAGAAAAGCAAAAGAAGCAGCCGCAGCCCAUGCUGCGGCUGUAGCGGCCACAGCAGCUGCAGCCGCCGCCGCUGCAAAGGUGGAAGUUCGCAUCUUGCUUGAUGACGGCGCUCCACACCUACUCACCAAAGCGAUUGAAGGGAGAAGCGAGCCCGUUUCAGGCCUAGAAGGAGGAGCUCUACUGGGAGUAGCAUAUAAGAUGCCCCGCCGGAUGAUCCAGACAAACGUAGGACCCGGCGCAGGAGGUAAUUAUAUGGGAACUACAGCGGGAUCCACUUUUCAGGCCGAGGAUGCCACUAGUGUCAAAAUUGGAGAAGCUCCUCCCAACUUCCAGUUAUACAGUUGGGAGACCUAUAGACCAGUCAGUCCUAUGUUGCCACAGCCAGAGUGGACGGCAUGGGAUGCAACUGUUGAAUAUUGUGCUUUGGCCUAUAACCGUUACGUUAUCUUAUCAUCCCUUCGACCUCAGUACCGCUAUCUCGGGAGUGUGGCUAUAAACUCUGCCACAGGGGGUGUGUGGCACCGUAGACAGCUCUUCAUUGCCACCCCAACAACAAUUGAGUGUGUAUUUGUAGAUGCUGGUAUAAGUGCUGUAGACUUGGAGAGAAAGAGGAGAAAGGAAGAACAGAAGGCUAGAUUUGCCCAGUCAAGAGCUGUCGCUGAGCAAGGAGAGCUAGCUCUCUUGACCGUUGAUGCUCCCCGUGCUUCAAACGCGGAAAAGGUGGCACUAAGGCCCCCUAUGCUUCAGGUCGUGAGGCUAGCAUCGUUUCAAAUUGGGCCAUCUAUCCUAAAGCAACUGAAGGUAGAAGGAGAGGUCCCGGCACCACUUAGAGACGUGGAGGAAAGGAAAGGAACAGAAGUGGCAAUUGGAGGAGGGGGUGUUUCAGUGGCUGUAUCAAGACUUCCGCAGGAGCAAAAGCGACCAGUUGGACCCCUGACUGUUGUGGGAGUUCGAGAUGGAGUCUUGUGGUUGGUAGACAUGUUUAUGACGGCUCAUGCCAUUGGUUUAAGCCAUCCUGGUAUAAGAUGUCGAUGUCUAGCAGCUUACGGAGACGCUGUGAGUGCAGUGAAAUGGGCAUCAAGAUUAGGACGAGAGCACCACGACGAUUUGGCCCAAUUUAUGUUGGGCAUGGGUUAUGCGUCUGAAGCCUUGCAUCUCCCUGGAAUUUCCAAGAGGUUGGAGUUUGACCUGGCCAUCCAGAGCGGAGACCUGAAAAGGGCCCUCCAGGCCCUUGUUACUCUGAGUAAUAGCAAAGGCUUCAGUCAAGAUGUUGAUCUUGGUAGUAAAGAUACCACCGGGCUGAUGUCGGUAACAGUGCCGCAGGCUGAGGUGAAGGCCGAAUCGGUAUUUGGAAUAGUGAAGUUUGCACGAGAGUUUUUGGAACUAAUAGAUGCCGCAGAUGCGACUGGGCAGGGUGAUAUUGCUAAGCAGGCCUUAGUACGGUUGGCAGCAGCCGGGGCCGUUGAGGGUGGACUUAGUUCAGACGAGUUACGAGCACUCUCCUUCCGGCUUGCCUCUCAUGGAGAGUUGACACGUUUAGCUGUCCAGGCAAACAGGAUGAUUGGUGCUGGUCUAGGUCGUGAGGCAGCUCUGGCAGGCGCCUUUCUAGGAGAUCCCAAUAUUUUGGAGAAGUCCUGGCACGAUACGGGAAUGUUCCCUGAAGCUGCUCUCCAUGCCCAUGCACACGGAAGAAAUACUUUGAAGAGCUUGUUACAGCAAUGGAAUAAGGUUUUGCAGAAGGAAUUCACAAACACUUCCUCAAAAGCUGUUCCAGAGCUUGGACCUACUGUUGAUCCUGUACUUGCAGCUCUUGAAAGUGGACUUCCUGGUCUUGCCCAAAGCGGCGGCACGGGACUGACUCCACAGAAGGAUGGAAUCCUACAGAGCUUGACACAGCCCCGGGCACCUUUAAUUGAAAUCGUUCCACCUGUUAAUGCUCCUAGCCCAACUAUUCUAGCUCUGACGAAAACGGCUAAACCGACAGGAGUGCAAACAACUGGGCCGAUGUUGGCACUUCCGGCUCCUCCAGGGACAGGUGCUGCUGCAAAUGGCGUCGGACCUCAGGCUCCAGUUCAAGAAAUCACAUGGUCUGCCGCAGACCUGGAGCAGCUCGUUCCAAGUUCAAAGCCAGCUAGUGUACCAACGACUGCCGAUAUGGGGCUCUUUCCCGCUCCGACUGUACAACCGAAUGCACAACUGUUUCCUGCGUCGACUCCACAACUCUUCCCAGCUUCGAGUGCACAAGUGUUUCCUGCUUCCAACCCUUCUGGCGGUAUAAUGGAUUUUCCUCCUCUAAUUCCCGUAUCAACACCUGUACCUCAACCCGAACCUGAUGUUUCCCAGUUAUUGUCCAUCAUGGAGCCACCAAAACCAGCUCCGGCCCCUACAGCCGCUGCAGUUGCUCCUCCUGUUCAGCCAACACCUCAGACAGCGGAUUCGAGACUACAACCACCAGGAGCAUUUCCAUUUCCUCCACCCGGGGGCCCCCAGGCUAGAGCAUUCCCAAUACCACUGGCGAAGGGUGCAGCCCAGAAUUUUCCCUUGCCCAUGUCAACGUCCAAGGGAGCGGGUGGAGCUGCUAGAAGCUUUCCGUUUCCAAUGGUGUCCUCUAAUCCUAAAGGUGGACCACCUGUCACAGCCGUGCCACUCUACGUUGCUCCCGUUCCUGCUCCUGCUCCCCCUCCACCUGAGCCACUUCUCAUCGAGGGCCUUGGUUCCUCCGACCCUCCACUUAUUUCAACAUCAACAGUUACACCUGGAUUCCAGAACCAACCACCUCUUUUGUAGUUAAAUCAGGUCUGCAGAUGAAUAUUUAGUGGCAGAACUCACUAGAUCCCAACCCUUUUUGAAUACUCGUUCUCUGCAUUUGUUGUCAGUCGAUGCAUUAUUGUUUUAAAAUUACUAUUCUUUCCACUUUUCAUGUUAUUAUGGAAAUUGUUAUAUAACUGAAGACCUCUCAAGAUGGGCAUAAUUUUGCAAGCCAUCCCAGA